AUGGCGUUCAACGUGGAUCCCGAAGCCCUACGGAAGGUCUAUGAACAAACGGUCGGGGAUUCGUACCCGGGGUUCCAGAGGGCGCGACACGUCCUGGAGAGACAGCUCGACACGAAGGAACUCUGGGACAGCACUGCAUGGAACAUCUCGGCGAUGGUGGAGAAGUGUUAUCAGGGGCGCGGGUUGUUCUGCAGUGAGGUCGGGCAGUUCCGUCUGACCUACACCAUCUUCGGUCCGUGCAUCACGUACGCUGGCAGACCGGCCACGCUUGCAGGAUCCUACCACGGACUCUACCUCAGGCUAAGAGCCGAGAACAGGACGGGCGUGGCGGAGGCGGGGGGAGCCAGGACCUCGCCGGCUGGGUGGUCGUGCACGAGGCGAGGACGACCCAAGCCUCCUAAUCAGACACAUGGCUAUUUCGUGGCUUUCAAGUGGAACAAAGAGAUCAUCGUGUCUCUGAAACAUUUCGAGGCCCUGGACACCCACCGGAAGCCUUGCAACGACGACCCAGCCUACAGGUCCUCCCAGUGCAUCACCCAGUGCUUCUCUCGCAGCUUCAUCAAGGUCUUGAGAUGCAGGCUGCCGUUCAUGUCGGGUGACGUCCCCUACUGCCGCGGGGUGAAGAUGUCAGAACGGGUCAGCAAGCACCUCGACGUGAUGCUGCUGCAGGGCGCCUGGCAGCCUUCCCGGUGCAACUGCGCGACGCCCUGCAAGCAGACCAUCUACGAGUAUCGAGGCGACACGACGGACGACCGAAACGACAGCAACGGGAGAGUCAAGGUGUUCUUCUUAGACCUGAUGUACGAGCAGGUGAAAGAGGAGUUCAGCUACCCAUUCGCGUCUCUGGUCGCUGACUUCGGCGGCAUGAUGGGGCUGCUGCUCGGAGCUUCGUGUACGGGAGAAGUCGCCUUAUCAACACGGUUUUAUGUUUCUCUGUUCGCUGUGCUGACAUUGGUUGAAGUCAUGGAGUUUGUCAUCAACUACCUCCUGCGCGUCUACCACAAGCGCAAAGCCACCCAAGAAACCCGCCGUGCCUUGACGUACACUGAGGUCAGCACCUUGGACACCUUGAAAGGGUUUGGCGAGGUGUUCUUGCCCCGCCCCGCUUUCCUGACCGCUUCUGGCCAGGGGCGGUCACUCCCCUGCGUGGACUGCGACGGGGCCUCCGCCAGGCCGCACCGUUCACGGGCGCCGAACUGA